AUGUCGCAGAACAGCUUGUCCGGGGAGAUACCGGACACCCUACCAUUGAUGAGGCAAAGGAUGAGGUACCUCAACCUGUCCGCCAAUGGAUUGUACGGUUCGAUACCACGGUCGCUUUCCAACAUGCGUGACAUGCGAGUGUUCGAUGUGUCAAGAAACAAGCUCACUGGGGUCAUUCCUCCGGAUCUGUUCAUGAAUUGGCCAGAGAUCACAUCGUUCUACGCACAGAGCAAUUCCCUCGCUGGAAGCAUCCCUCCAGAGAUCAGCAACGCAUCCAAACUACAGACCUUGUUUCUCCACCGCAACAACUUAUAUGGUAAAAUCACAGUGGAGAUUGGAAGAGUAGCAAGUUUGCAGCGUCUCAUGUUGUCAUGGAAUUCCCUCACUGGACCGAUUCUGCAUUCAGUAGGAAACCUAACAAGUCUUGUGCUUCUGGGAAUCUUCUGCAACAACCUCAUUGGGAAAAUACCGCUAGAAAUCGUCAAUUUGACGGCACUGGAGUCCCUUGAUCUUGACACCAAUCAGCUAGAGGGUGAGGUGCCCCAAGCCCUCUCAGCCCUCCAGAGUCUCCAAUUCCUCAACAUUAGCAACAAUAAGUUAUCUGGUGUAAUACCAUACCUCAACACCAGGAAGUUGCUUGCCAUCAGCUUAGCAAACAAUAUCUUCACUGGAGUAUUUCCUAUAGUGCUUUGUCAACAGUCGUAUCUUCAAAUCUUGGACCUAUCAAACAAGAAGUUAUAUGGCAAACUCCCCCGCUGCUUGUGGAACAUGCAGGAUCUACUGUUCAUUGAUUUGUCAAGCAAUGCCUUCUCUGGGAAUGUCCAAAUGUCAAAGAACUUCAAUUUAUCACUAGAAUCAGUGCACCUAGCGAAUAACGGUCUCAAUGGAGGAUUCCCAAAUGUCCUUAAGCGAUGCAGAAGGCUGCUGAUUCUGGAUCUUGGUGAGAACAAGCUUUCUGAUACAAUUCCUUCAUGGAUAGGAUUUAGCAAUCCCUUGCUAAGGGUGCUCAUAUUACGGUCAAACAUGCUCCAUGGGAGUAUUCCUUGGCAGCUAUCACAGCUCUCUUUCCUCCAGCUGCUUGAUCUAUCAGGCAACAGUUUUAUAGGUUCCAUCCCUAGAAAUCUCUCCAAUCUAACAUCCAUGAUGCAACCAAAAUUGGAAUUCAACAUACCUCUGCAAAUCAGCUACCAAAUUCUACAUCAUCUUGUCUUAUAUAUAUACACUGAGCGGAUCAACAUAAACUGGAAGAGGCAAUAUCAUACUUUUGAAGGAGCCAUUGCACUUAUGACAGGUAUUGAUUUGUCAAGUAACUAUCUCUCUGGUGACAUUCCUCCUGAGUUUACAAGGUUUGUGGGUCUCAGGUUCCUAAACCUGUCAAGAAAUCAUCUAUCUGGCGGUAUUCCUAAAGACAUUGGUAACUUGGUGAUUUUGGAGACCCUUGACCUAUCUUUGAAUGAACUCUCUGGCUCUAUUCCUUCAAGCAUCUCUGAAUUGCUGUCCCUUAAUUUGCUAAACCUUUCCAACAACCAUCUGACAGGUGAGAUACCAACAGGUUCUCAACUCCAAACGCUUGUGGACCCGUCAAUUUACAGCAACAACUUUGGGCUAUGUGGUUUCCCACUGGACAUAGCAUGUUCAAAUGGUUCAAACUCUAUAGCAGCACUUAUUGGACACAGCCAUGCCCAUGAGAUUGAAGCCCUAAUCUGGUAUUACUCUGUGUUAGCUGGGCUGACAUUUGGAUUCUGGUUAUGGUCUGGGCCACUGCUUCUCUUCAAGUCUUGGAGGGUUGCCAUAUUCCGCUGUGUUGACCAUAUACAAGAUAGGGCUGCAAAAUGGAUAUUCGCCAUCUAA